GACGCGUGUGCAUGGCAGGCAGUCGUCGACGGACGAAGAGAAUGGGUCUGGGAGAGAGAACGAAGGGGAGGGAGGAGGAACUACAAGAAGAAAAAAAAGUUAAAGUAAAAAUGGCUUCCUUGUCUUUGGAUUCUGCAGAGCAAUCUGAGAAUAGCCCGGAGGAGUCUACCGCGGAGCCCGUCGAAACGAAAGAAGACAUAGAUCCGGACGAAGUUUCGGAGCAACUGCUUCAAAGUUUCCAGAACUCUGCGCUCAGUUUUUCGACCGACCAAGUAGCAUGUCUGUGCGAAGCUCUUUUACAAGCGGGCAAUGUGGAUCGCCUGUGGAGAUUUCUCUCUACCAUCCCUCCUUCAGCAGAGCUGCUACGUGGCAACGAGACCCUGCUCAAGGCCCAGGCACUGGUCGCUUUCCACCGGGAUGAAUAUAAAGAGCUGUAUGCUAUUCUAGAGAGCCACGACUUCCACCCCAGCAACCAUGGGUUCCUUCAGGACCUGUACUUACAGGCGCGUUACAAGGAGGCGGAGAGGUCUCGGGGUCGCAGCCUAGGUGCCGUGGACAAAUAUCGGCUGAGGAAAAAAUUCCCUUUGCCAAAGACUAUCUGGGAUGGAGAGGAAACGGUGUACUGCUUCAAGGAGAAGUCUCGAAAUGCACUGAAAGAGUGUUACAAAAGUAACAGAUACCCUACUCCUGACGAGAAAAAAAACUUAGCCAAAGUCACCGGGCUCUCUCUCACUCAAGUCAGUAAUUGGUUCAAGAAUCGACGGCAGAGAGACAGAACUCCGUCUGGGACCCAUAGCAAAAGCGAGUCUGAUGGCAAUCACAGCACCGAGGACGAGGGCAGCAACAUGGAUGACAUCUCCGACAAACCCGAUGACAUCACUUCCUCUACCGCCUCCCUCAUCUCCCUGGCCGGCGCCCCCUGCAGCACGGGAGGCCAGCUGUUCCUCAACGGCACCGGGGGCUUCCUUACCGCUUCCCACCCGCUCCUCCUCAACGGGAGCUCUCUGAUCUCCGGGACGGGGGGGAGGGUCAUCAUCAACGGCCUGACGCUGAGUGACGGCCACACUGUCACCCUGAGCUCUGUUCCUGCCAACUCCCCUCUGCUCCUCAACGGGGCCCAGGUCAUCUCCUCGAAGCCCACUGGGGGGGUGCAGCGCCAGGAGCUGAGCGUAGGCCUGGCACUGGAGGACCAGGGGAUGUGUGCCAUGGAGGCCCAGCCAAGUAGCCUGCCCACGGUGGUCCUUGGCCCCAGCACCAGCUCCACCCCAGGCCCGGCCAUCUCUCUUCCCCCAUCGGAAGACCUGAAGGCGGAUGGUGGGAGCCUGGCGAGCCCCUCUGCGUCAGCCAUCCCCACCCUAGACUUCAUCAAUGUCCCGGAGGGGAUGGUUAUUAAAUCAGAGAACGGCAUUCACACAGUGACCGUCUCCCCCUCCUCUUCUUCCUCAUCCAUCUCUCCAACUCUCUCCUCCCCCACAUCACUGCCAUCCCUGGUUUUGACUCAAAAUGGCCACCUCCAGGACCCCCUCUCCCUACCCUCUUCACUCUCCUCUACUGGUGUGGUUAUCUCCAGUCCUUUAGUCCCCCUGGCCAACCAACAGGGCGAGUACGUAGUGUUUGCCACUGCUGGCUCCCAGUUGACCCCCUCCAGUUCCAUCUGCCAGGUAGUCUCUUCUUCUGGCUACCCCACCCCUCCACAGGUGUUCUCCUUGCCCCAGGUCGUGCCCUCAAUCCAAGGCAUCCCUGUCUCCCAGCUGGUCCAUUCUGGAGCUCAGGUGUCCCAGUGCCCUCAACUGGUCCCUGUCUCCACCCUCACUUCCUCCCUCCCUCAGUCCACCCUGUCUGGCUUCCAGACCCCCCAGACACUGAGCAUGGGUCCCAAACCUCUCACCCCCCAGCAGCAACAGCCUGGGGCCUCGACACUGGGGGAGGGCACCACUAUCCUCUCCGUCUCCCAGUUGAACAACAGCCAGCUCGCCCAGGGGCUUACUUACCAGCUGGGGGAACAAAGCUCCACCACCACCCCCUCACUAACCCAGAUUCAGACCCAGGGGUUAACAGGGGCACACAUCAGCCAAAUCUCUUCCUCAACACAGGUGGUUCCGGCCCCCCAGUCCAAAGACACGGUCAUGGGCACCCUCUCAGCCCCAGCCCAUUUGGUGCCCCUCUCUCUCCCCCAGCUGGUGCCAGUCUCCUCCAUCCCUGUCUCCUCUUCCGGGUCCCUCGCCUUCCCCCAGGUAGUCCCAGCCUCCCCCUCCCUCUCCCUGCCCUCCACUGGGGGGGGCUUCCAGAUCAUAGCCUCUGGACCAGCAGCAGGGGGGGUCACCCAGGGUCCCUUUAGGAUCAACCAGCUUGGAUCACUCCAAAGUUUGGGCACACCCACCAGCAUUGGCCCUGGUGUCCAGCUGCUCAACUCUGGGGUCAUCCAGCUCCCAUCAGGCUCUCCAGGUAACCUCCUCCUUGGAGGAAGUCCUAUCCUGAGUGUCCAGCAGGGGAAGCUGAUCCUGACCAUCCCAGCAGGUAUCCAGUUCACCAGCCUACCAGUCAAACCCGUCCCCGAGGCUUCCCCUCUGUCAUCUAACAGUGUAGGCCCCCUCCUGACCUCCGUCCUCUCACCCCCAACCUCCCUCCCCGUCUCCGCUUCCAGCACCCUCCAGACCUCCCCUCUCUGCUUCAUAAACUCCUCCCAGCUCUACGGCACUCCAGACUCUGGAGGCCAUAUCAGCCUUGCCCCUCCGUCGAUCCCUUCCCUGCACACCACCCUGGACCCCUCCUGCACCCCCACACCUCCCAACACCCUCACCCCAGAGAGCAUGCUGUCCCUCAGCCCCAUGUGCAGUGGGGUGACCCCCUCCACCCAGCUCCCCCAGCCCACCUGGAGCCCCGUGCCCCUUUCCACCUCUGCCAGCCUGACUCUGUUUGACAUCCGCGGGAAGGAGGAUCUACCCGAGGACCCCGCUCUGCUGGGCCUACCUGGAGGUGAGUCCCUGCUCCUAGGGAGUCCUUCCCCAGACCAGGAUGGGGAGAGGGACUCCCAGCUGGGGGAUCCUGAAGAGAUGGAUGGGGACCCGAAGAUCCUCACCCAACUCCAGUCAGUCCCGGUGGACGACGAGCUGCGAUUGUAGACAGGACCUCUGCUUCCCUGUAAACUCCACGUUCUAGAACUACAAGACUUGUAACAACCUGGGACCUUCCUUUCAUUUUGUCGCCUCACCGGUCGCCUUGUUUCUGUUUCUUGGAUUGUCUGGUUGAAGUUGACACAGUUCAUCUUUUCAAGACUAUCUCUGUACGUAAGGUGUGAGAGCACUUUUCUUGGGAUAAAACAUGCCCUGAUUGACGUGGAUGGGGGCAGAGUUACAUGCGAUAGGACAGCAGGAUUGUAAACCAUAUGGAUUGACUGGCAGAAGGAUUUACAGGCUAUCCCCCAGAGUUGUGUUACUGAUCUGCAUUAAGACAUGUACUGGACAUUGGUCUCGCAUACCAGAGCCCCCUACUUCCUCUCGCUCCCCAACACAAGUCAGGUCAGUCUGCCUUAAAGUAUUUCCUGGGUGACUCAAACCACUUCUGGUGUCACCAUGGAACCCAUGUCAGAGGACAUCCUAUGGCCUAGUUUCACCCACAGGAGAUCCCGACAACUCUCCAAAGAACCAGUUGUACCUCCUACCUGCCUGUUCUUCCCAUGGAGCGGUCGUCUCCACUUCCUCGUGUACGUGGACUUUUUACAGACAUUGGGAAAGAAGUGGAGUCAGGAAAUUCAACCUUUUCUACCCUACUAUGCAAUCAACGUUUAGUGUAUUGUACUGUGUCCUCUGCAUGACACGUUCUGAGUUUUGGAACACUAAUACAGAUUACACUCAGUGCACAUUACUACAUGCUAUGUGCACAUUAUGAGAGUACUGUACAAUCGUACUACACUAUGACUAGUUUGGUUAUGAAUGACGUAUGUAUUCUGUGUGUUUCUUUUAAUAUUUAGUGUUUGGAUUUUGAGAAGUCCUAAGUGCCUUAUUUCUGGGAUCAAAUCCGUCUGUCACCUUUAUGUGGGCUUGACUGUUGGAUUUUGCAGUGAUACAACAUCAACCCAGCCAGGUAUGAACAUGUAAACCCUAAUAUGAGUUGUAUAGUAACUCUUAUCUCAGUCAGUGUAGAUAAAGGCAAAAUAUGAACUGACACUACUUGGUUGCAUGAUCCUUCUUGUUUGAACGCAGACGAAACAAAUUCUUUGACCAUUUUGCACAUUUGAUCCACAUCCCCAUGGUCACUCUGUCCUGUGUUACGAUGAUGACUGUUCCAUUCUGAAAACUCCCUGUCUUGCCUCCUGGUGACUUUUCCCUCUCAGCUAUUACACUCAAGGGCUGAGUGGCUUACAGUGGUGUGAUUCUCUGGUGUGAUUGUGCGGCAGUUUCCUUCCAUAAAAAUCAUAGCGGUAAACAAUAGACCUUGGUUUAAAACUAAAAUAGUCUUACAUUUGUGGUGCACUUGAUUUAGUCUACCCAGUACAAAGAAGCCAAGGAAACUGUCCCAAAAUUGCAUAACCAAGGCAUGUCAAACUCACCUCAAAUGUGUGACUUUGUAAGUGAGCCAGGUGUUUCCUGCUAGAGCCACACAGACUGUAGAUGAGUCUCUCAAAGAUCAAUGGUACACAGUCACCGUGGAGUCUUCCUCCUGACUAUAGCGAAGGUCAUCAUUUUUAAUCUGUGUGAGUUUUGUUGUUUCUUUUCUAUGUAUAUUUAAUGCAUGUAUCAAUCAGUUUAGAUUAAACCAUUAACUUUAAACAGCCUGAAUGGCAACAAGGAAAAUGGGCAUAGGAGACAAAAAUGAGGGAAUAUUGUCAAAUGUUUGGUGAUUUACAAAGAUGUUGCCUUCCCCAUCCCUGGACUCUGCAUGGUCCAGCCAUCUUUAGAACAUGAUAUUCAGUCACCAUGUCUGGCUAAGUGAUGGAUCAUACAUACAGCUUCAAGUGGAAUGAGACUGGUGCACUUCCAUCUCUUGCUUGCCAAAGCAAAGUGUGUGUUUUGAGUUGCUGGCUGUUGGCAGAAUUGUUCAUUGCUUCAAAGCAGUACUUCUGAAGCCUGAUGCAAUAUCUGACUUGGAGGCAGAGGAAGUGUGUGUGUGUGUGAGAGAGAGGGUUAGAAAUUGUGAGUGUUUUUCCCUCAUAUUGUGGUGCUCGAAAUGCUGUUACAGUGGCUGGUGAGUUGUGUGCAAAUCUAAACCAAAUUCCCUCACACACCGACAAAUAGACACACACACACACAUAACUUCCGCCUGAAUGAACCAAAGAUAAUGUAUGUUGAUUAACAUUUUGGAUUGUGAGUAAAGGGAUUGUUUGUGUGUCCUACAAUAACAUGUCUUCUCCUAUAAGAGAGGUUUUGUAUUUAAAGUUAUUAUAUUUUUUAUAUACAGUUUUAUUGUGAUAUUGUAAUAAACUAUAUUUGAAUGCACAGAG